AUGGCAGCGGCGGCAGGAGGAGACGAGGUGAAGCUGCUAGGCGUGUGGGACAGCCCGUUCGUGAACAGGGUGCAGAUCGUGCUGAACCUGAAGGGGAUCAGCUACGAGUACGUCGAGGAAGACCUCCACAGCAAGGGCGAGCUCCUCCUCGCCUCCAACCCGGUCCACAAGAAGGUGCCCGUCCUCAUCCACAACGGCAAGCCCAUCCCGGAGUCGCAGGUCAUCGUGCAGUACAUCGACGAGGCCUGGCGCGGCACCGGCCCGAGCCUCCUCCCCGCCGACCCGCACGAGCGCGCCACCUCCCGGUUCUGGGCCGCCUACGUCGACGACAAGGCAAGUAUUACACGACGCAUCGCCGUCUCUUCACCGCCCGCUCUUUCUUUGCUCGGUUCCUGUGCGGAAGUAAUUAAGCUCGAAUCGACGGAUGUGCUGCAGGUUGGGUCACCGUGGUUCACCAUCCUGUUCGCCCGCAAGACCGAGGAGAAGAUGGAGGCGGCAGUGCGGGCCAUCUCGGCGAUGGAGACGCUGGAAGGCUCGUUCGGGGAAUGCUCCGGGGGGAAGCCGUUCUUCGGCGGCGACGGCAUCGGGUUCGUCGACGUUGUGCUCGGCAGCUACCUGGGCUGGUUCGUGGUGAUCGAGAAGAUGAUCGGGGUCAAGCUCAUGGACGCGGCGAGGACGCCGGCGCUGGCCGCGUGGGCUGAGCGGUUCAGGAUGGCGGAUGCGGUAAAGGGUGUCUUGCCUGAAGAUGUCGAUAAAGUGCUCGAGUUUUUGCAGAUGUUCCUUGAUGGCAUGUACAAUGCAUAG